CCCACCUAACCAGCUUAUAAAGACAAGUCCAUCUUCCAACAGCUAAAAACGCUUCUUUAUUUACAUGCUGAUUCACACCGACGUCUGGAAAUUUUCACAGAGAUCAGGUGCAGCCAGACUCAUCUUCCCUGCAAAGAAGAUAUUUGAAAUCUUGGCAACAAUGGGGCGAGCAUUGAUCUUGCUGAUCUCCACAGUGAUCAUGUUUGUGUCAUGGGGUGUCAAAGCAGAGACCAGCCCAGGCCUACUCAAUCCUACAGUUGGGACUUCUUCUGCAAGUGAAGCUACUGGUACCACUAAUGGAGCUACUGGUACCACUAAUGGAGCUACUGGUACCACUAAUGGAGCUACUGGUACCACUAAUGGAGCUACUGGUACCACUAACACUAUGUCAUCUACAAGCAUUACAACGACUCACAACGAUUCUGCUGCCACUACAGGGGUACCAAACAAGUCAUCAGCCACUUUGUUAUCUCCAAUGCCACACCACGCUGCACCGAUCCUGCUCUGCGUCGUGGCCGGGGCCAUCCUGGGGACAGCAUGAAGAUGAAGAAUGAAGCUGUGAGGAUGCAAUGUGGGCAGUGUCAAACUUUCUCUUUCCUUCACCCUUUAGAUUCAUUUGCAUAUGUCUGAAUUUAAAACUCAAUUGUAAAGCAGCAAAAGCAGAGCAUUUAUAAGAUAACCCUUUUUAAUCAUGUCUGUCUGAUCCAGUUAUAAACAGAACGAAUCAGCAGAAACAUCGAUUAGUGUUAAAUAACAGGAGCAGACAAAAUAUUGCAAGACACAAAAAAACUUUGGGUAUUUUUUUUCCAUGCACAAAAGAUACAGCAAAAUAUCUGGACCAGCUUUGAUUUGAAACGUUUUUUGUUCCUGUUUAAAUUUUCAAGCAAUAGUCUUUUUUUAAAAAUCUUUUAAUUUCAUUUUUUGAUGCCAUGAAUAAAAUUUCCAUCCCAUCUUUACAUUCUCCUUGCUGUUGUAACUUGAACGUGCAAAUAAUUCAUAAUGUUCCUGUCAGAACAACUCACAAUAAAUAUUAUUAUAAAAUUAGUGAUAAAAACAUUUACAAAACGGACUACAGUAAUAAAUUAUUGAAAAAAAUCUUUAAAAAUAACACACGAAAAUCAAACAUAGCUUUUAUUUCAACAGAGUUUAAAAAUAUCUACAGACAUUAUCUUGAAACUGUAGUCCCAAGAAAACGUCUGUGGAGUUUAGUUUUUUCCACACUGAACAUUUGAGUACAGAAAGAGAAGCAAAGGAAACAUUAGAUUAGAUUAGAUUAGAUUAGAUUAGAUUAGGUUAGAUUAGAAAACCUGUAGCGUGUGACAGAUGAGUGCCAUGGGGGCAGCCGUGGUGCAGCAG